CGCGCGUAACGGAUGCAUCGUUUCCUACAUUCUUGUGCCAUAAAUGUAUAAUGUAACGUUUGUUUCGUGAUGUUAUUCGGGGCCGGGUAAAGUCGGAAGAUGCCUUUCAAGCUGAAGUUGAAGAAGACGCGGCAGUACAACGUCGCAUCGAAGAGCCUCUUCGUGAUAAGCGUCGAGCUGUUAGAUGGCGGUGUCGCGGACUGCACGCUGUCGGUGGACAGCACGGGGCAGGAGUGCCUCGACAACGUGUGUCAGCGACAGGCGAUCAACCAGCCUGAGUUCUUUGGCCUCCGAUACGUUAAUCGUAAUCAACAGCCGCGAUGGGUACAACUAGACCGACCGCUGAAGCUGCAAUUAGACAAGUUCGCGUCGUCCCAUCAACUUUACUUGCGUGUCAUGUACUAUGUGAUAUCCGGGACGAGUCUGAUCACGGAUGAAGUUACGCGCUACCAUUACUUUCUUCAAUUGAAAAACGACUUAGUGGAGGGUCGAAUAAUUUGCGAUUGUCAACAAGCUGUCGUACUCGCGUCGUAUAGCAGACAGGCGGAAUACGGCAACCAUGACAGAGAGCGGCACACUGUGGAGUAUUUGAAGAAUCUGUUGACAUUUCCUAAGCAAAUGUUGGAUGGAGGUCAGAUCAUCGAUGGUAGUACAUUAGCGGAGACGGGGAGGCUCGAGUGGCUGAUCGCAGCUGUGAUUCAACAUCACAUGUCUUUACACAACAUGUCUCAGGCGCAAGCAGAAGAAGGCUUUAUAACAACAUGCCAGCAGCUACGAGGGUAUGGUCAAGAAAUGUUCAUGGCGAGAGACAAGAAAGAUCAGAGCGAGGUGACCAUCGCCAUCUCUCUGACCGGCAUCAGGGUGCUCACCGAUACCAGUGACACACCACACUUUUAUAGAUGGAUGGACAUAACAAACGUGAUCAAUCACAAGCGUACAUUCAGUAUCGAGUGUCAAAAGCAAGGCGAGUCGGUGACCUUCACGCUCCCGAGUCCCGAAGACGGCAAGUACGUGUGGAGGAUGUGUGUCCACCAGCACACCUUCUAUAUGAAACACCAGGGAGCACUCAACGCGUCCGUUGAUGAGCAUCGACCUAAGUUCCAAGAGCACGGUCUAUCGGAAAGUCGUGAAGAGUUGGACGUGAGAGAAGUAGGCAGUACAUCACGCCUGGAACCCCUCACAUCAGCGCACAGGGCACACUCCACCUCCUGUCUGGAACUGGCAGACAAUCGACCACAACCCAGAAACAGAGCACUUCUACCAUCAUAUCGACCAGCACCUGACUACGAGACAGCAAUACAACAGAAAUACCAACAACAAAGAGCCGAAGCCCAGCUUAGAUAUCAGAACCACCACGCACACUCCCAACUCCUAAACACAACCGCCCAACCCCUUGUGUAUGGAUCUCACCCCGAUAUCCAUAGGGUCCACUACCCUGACGUCACUAGACAUACGGUCCCCGUCAACCAACCGGUUGCAGCCACGGAUGACUACGCAUAUGGCCUUAAAUAUGUCGGAAACUACCCCAUGGCUGUCAACCCCAACGUACAAACAGACCACGCAAUGCACUUUGUCAAUGUAUAUAAACCACCACCCCCAUAUCCGUCCAACGGCCUAGCAUCAAAUUCAACUCCAGAUUUAGCGGUAGCCAGUCAGGCCUUAAAUUAUCACAGAGGCUAUAUAAACUCACAUGUCUCUGGAUCUAGUCCCGAUCUAGUUUCGACGCGAACAGCUUUAAAUAGACAGUAUUUAGGAUACGUAAAUCCCGCAGGUCAUAACGUAGUCAAUUACGCCAGACCGAACAUCCUUCCUGCGACUCACGGCACCUACAAUAACCUGACAUCCGUCCUCGAACCCAAUCCCCACAUAAUAAUCGAUCCCCACCACAUAUCUGAUAAUAUCCAGAAAGUGUACGACGAAAGAGGGAACAUAAUGUACUCAAUGCCGAUGAGACGGAUAUCGUAUCAACGACAUCUGGUGUUACCUCAGCAAAUGAAGCAUACCGAGACUCAGGAGCCGAUAUACGAAAACGUACCAUUGCCGUGGCAAAACGAACACGAGAAAUUAACGAUGAGGGAACGUGCACAAAGCCUUACGACCACAGACGAAAUCGCGCGACUAAACGAGAGAAAUAGCAGUCAUCCAACGAUAAAUAACUACGGCAACGCUCAGCCUAAUGUAACUGUUGCAAACUACGUGACAAAAAUAGACAAUGACAGUCACUACAUGAACGCCCAGAUCAUUAAGGGCGUCAGGGAAUCAAGCGUGCCCAAAGAAUUGAACGUAUCAAACAAAUCAAUACCAAAUCCUGACUCCCUGCAGAAUGUAACCCAUGAUUUGGAGAGGGUGUCCUUGAAAAACGAAGAUAAGGAUAACGACGAAACGCCCUACCAGAGUCUAUCGACUCAUAAACUGUCGAACAACAAUACAAUCAGCAAAUCGGUUGACAAUGUAACGUCGAUAAGUGUCCCAGAUAUACGAGUCUCAGACAGCAACACAUCGGCUAUCAGUGUCACAGACAGUGCUCUAUCGAGUUCGAUAGUGAACUCGGCUUACAGCACUAGUAUCGAAUUGGAGGGUAGUAAGACGAGCAUAACUAAGGAGAAGAAAAGGCGGAGGUGGGGGAUGUUUAUGGGGAGGGGGAAUAAAAACGUGGAGGUUAAGAGUGCGACUCUUGGAAGGGACCGAGCGAAGCCUGGCCAGCCUGCCAACAAGCAUCGAUGGUCUACUGGACUUCCGAAGUUCCAACCCUUACCUCCGAGCAUUACCAAAGAAACUUUGUGCCAAUUAUUAGAAAGGAAGAUGUCGGACGAACAGCUGGCGUUCGCGUUUGAACAAAUACCCAAAGGUCGGGAAGGAGACUCGGAGUACAGGACCGCGCUGUUACCACAGUACGCCGCUCUAAAUGGGUUCAGUGUUGAUAACAUACCCUAUGAGGAUAAUAGGGUGCGACUACAUCCCACCCCCACCAACCCCCAUGGAUAUAUCAACGCCUCACAUGUUACUAUGACAGUGGGCAGCUCGCAGCGGUUCUACGUACUGGUUCAGUCGGUUGGAGCGGAGCACGCCGCGCCGCUGUGGGAGUGCGUGUGGCAGGUGGGCGCGCGCGUGCUGGCGCUGGCGGGCGCCGAGCCGCGCUACCUGCCGCCCGCCGGCCGCGCCAACGACUACGGGCAGUUCCAGGUGUCGGCGGGCGCGUGGUCGCGCGCGGCGUGGGGCGGCUCGGCGCGCGUGCGCGUGCGGCGCGCGGCGCGCGAGCGCACGCUGUGGCACGUGCACUACGCGGGCGCGCCGCCCGACGAGCUGGCCGGCUUCCUGGAUUUCAUAUCGGAGGUAAACGGGCUAGUAGCGGCCAGUUCGGACGACGCGGAGGCUCGCAACGCGCCCAUCGUCUUCUGUGGAGCGCGCGCUGGACCCGCGCUGGCUGCGCACCUGCUACUGCAUGUUCUCGACACUAAUCAGGAACUAGACAUCCCCCGAACGAUCGGUCUGCUACACCAGCAGCGAGCGAACCUCAUAGAAAACGUUCAUCAAUACAAAUUUCUACAUCAAAUAUUACUACAAUACUUGAAACAAUCGAGACUCAUUUGAACCGUAAGUCACAAUAUAUAAA